AGCAGGCGGCGCCACCGCGGUAUUAUUUCAAAGACAACAGCGCAAUAGUAUACUGCAGCUUUCAACUCUUAUUUCUCCAUCCUGCUGGUGUUUGGUGGCCAUCCGGAAGAGAUCCAGUUUCUUUGACAGCGCAUCUGGACAUCAGAAAACAUCCUGAGACCUGCCUGUGUUCAAAGCUUCUGCCAAAGUGAACUGAAGUGGAGGCUUCAGAGGUCUGGGACGGGUCAAAGGGCAGUCAUCUGAUGUCAGGCGAAAUAAGGUCUGCCAGUCAUGCAGACUGCCAGGUCACAGAGGAAUGCCAUGUCCCAGCCGACGUGGAGCUGAUGGAGCUGGGUCCCCUGCUGGAGGAGGAUGGCCCCAUAGGAGCCAAAGGAGCCCAGUCAGAGGGAGCAAGCAGUCUCGCUGAUGAUGAAGAGGAGGAUGAAGAAGUCGGAGAGUUUCUGACGCUACCACUGCAGGCUCACCAUGCAAUGGAAAAGAUGGAGGAGUUUGUGCAUAAGGUCUGGGAGGGCCGCUGGAGGGUCAUUCCCUUUCACGUCCUGCCGGAGUGGCUAAAAGAUAAUGACUACCUCCUGCACGGUCAUCGGCCUCCCAUGCCCUCAUUCCGUGCCUGCUUCGGGAGCAUUUUCAGGAUCCACACAGAGACUGGGAAUAUCUGGACUCAUUUAGUGGGGUUAAUCUUAUUCUUGGGCCUGGGCACACUUACCAUGCUAAGGCCCAAUAUGUACUUCAUGGCCCCGCUGCAGGAGAAGGUGGUGUUCGGGAUGUUCUUCUUGGGUGCAGUUCUGUGCCUCAGCUUCUCCUGGCUUUUUCACACUGUUUACUGCCAUUCUGAGAAAGUCUCUCGCACUUUCUCCAAACUAGACUACUCUGGCAUUGCUUUGCUGAUCAUGGGCUCUUUUGUACCCUGGCUUUACUACUCCUUCUACUGCUCUCCUCAGCCGCGUCUCAUCUACCUCACAAUCGUCUGUGUGUUGGGAAUAGCAGCAAUCGUUGUUGCCCAGUGGGACCGUUUCUCCACUCCCCGCCACAGGCCCACCAGAGCAGGAGUUUUCAUGGGUCUUGGACUGAGUGGGAUUGUCCCCACCAUGCAUUUCACCAUCGAGGAGGGUUUCGUCAAGGCUACUACUGUUGGACAGAUGGGCUGGUUCUAUUUAAUGGGCGCCAUGUACAUCACAGGUGCUGGGCUGUAUGCUGCACGAAUCCCAGAGCGCUUUUUCCCGGGCAAGUGUGAUAUUUGGUUUCACUCACACCAGAUAUUCCAUGUGCUUGUGGUGGCAGCAGCCUUCAUUCAUUUCUAUGGCGUGUCCAACCUGCAGGAGUUCCGCUACGGCCUUGAAGGAGGCUGCACUGAUGACACUCUCCUCUGAGAGCUUACAAACAUAUACCUUUUCAAUUAGGAUUUUUAGUGCCCAUAUUUCUACUCAUUCGUUGAUUUGUUUUUAUUUACCUUUUGAGUUUUUUCCUGAUUGUUUCAACUUUUAUUCUUUUUUCCUUGUUACAAAGAGUCCGUGAGUUCAUUUGUUCCCUGUUACAAAGAGUCCAUUUUAAUUUGAUUAAAGUGUUUGUGUGGUAAAAGGGCACCGUAGGCUGAAUAAGUAUCUGGUAGCUGGAAUGUGAUGACCCUUGUUAUCAUCAAACUUUAAUUUGAGUACAAUCUCUUGGGAUUUGAACUUGUUUGUUUUGUAGUGAAAAGCACUUUCAUUGAGCUUUAAAGUUGCCCCCUCAGAAAAUAAUGCAUCUGAGUUUUGCUUAUUGUAAAGAACAAUUCUUGACAUCAUUUGAUGUACACCCAAAGUAGUGUCCAAACUUUGAUGAGCAGCAAUGUCUUUGACAUCUUUUUUUAUUUAUACUGACUGGAAAAUGCACAGAGGGCAAAUAAGGGUUUGAGGGUUUUCAGCAAAAUCGAUCUGCUUUGAACACUCACAAUUUUAAACCUUUACUACUAGGUCAAAUGAAAAUAUAAACAGGUCAACUGUUGCACCUUACUGCACAGAUAUUGAAUAUCAUUGUUAUUGAAGCCUCUGCAUGGAUAUAUCUGUGCAGUCUGUAAAGUAUAAACUUUCCUGUAAAGUAUUAGAAUAUUCCUGUGCCUUAGGCCACUGGAAAUAGGAUUAAAAUAAUAGAUGGGCCAAAACUACAGUGUAGUAAAUUUGAUUAGUCUCAAACAUAGCGAGUUAAUUUACUUUGCAAGCAAUCCAAUCACAUAAUUAAAAUGGUUCCAUAAAUAACAAAUAAAAAAUGUUUAACCUUUAUUGAUGAACUUUCUCGAACUGCUGUUUGUAAAAUAAUAAUAAUAAAAAUAAAGUAGUGUUUGAUCCUUUUUAUGAAAUAAGCUAACUGUGUGGCUUUACCACAAAGGCUAAACUAUCCAUAUAUUCAAGUGUUACAUGUAGAGGUGGAAAAUCAUUUACAUUUAAUUGAAAUGUGAAAUGUUUCAAUAAAUAUUUAUGGAUCAUA